GAAUGAUUUCAGGUGCUUCCACUCUUUGACCAAGACGUGACCGAAACUAGUAGUUUACCAGGCUCCAGUUCACUAUAUAUUUAUAGUUUAAGUUUUGUUUGUCCUUACUUUUGAUACGGAGAACAAGUUAGUUUUUAAGAAGAAAUAUUUUCCUCGGGUCCGGUCGGAUUCCAGGUGGAUCUUGUUCUCCAACAUGCAAUCCGCCAGAUAUGAAUACGAGAACAGCCGGAACGGCCAUCAUGAGCGGAUCGACUUCUUAACCAGCAAAGAGAAAGCACCGUCGAAGCGGAAGACCGGCAUUCUGAUUGGCGUGAUUGUGGCAUUUCUCAUCCUUGCCGCUCUUGCGGCAUUCCUCAUCUGGCUGUUUGUCUUUGCUGAAUCGGAGGCCAAACUGAGCAGGAAGCUCAGCCCAUCAACACAGGUGUUCAGCGGUCAUAUGAAGCUGGUGAGCGUGCCAUACAACCAGGAGCUGGAGAACGCCAAGAGCCAAACAUUCAAGAAUUUAGCAGAAAAAUUGGAGGCGAAGCUGGGGAAACUCUACGAGAGAGAUCCACUCCUUGCAAAAUACUACACGAGAUCUGUGGUUACUGCAUUCAGUGAAGGCGUGAUGGCCUAUUACUGGUCCCAAUUUGAUAUUCCAGUCAGCGACCUGGAGAUUGUGCCGGAGUUCUCAGAGGACCGCGUGCUGGAUGCACUGGAGGGUGGCAUCCAGCAGCAGCAGCAGCGCAGCCAGAUGAGCAAUAUCACCAUCAGUGAAAUCACUGCCUCGUUCACAGAUCCUCGCAUGGCCAGGAACCCCAGAGACGAGGACUGUUUCCACCGUCUGGAGGCUGUUAAGGAGAAGCAAACAUUUGCGUCCCCGGGGUUCCCCACUGGGUACCCAUCAAAGAUUCGGUGUCAGUGGCAAAUCCGAGCUUCAGAGAAUAAUGUUAUAUCUGUGCGUUUCCCGUUUUUCCACAUUGAGGACGACUGCUCCGAUGAUUUCGUCUCAGUGUUUGACUCCUUGAGUCCAGACGACUCUCAGGCCAUCACAGAGAAGUGUGGUCAGAGGCCUCCGAGCAACCCUCUGGAGGUGGUGUCAUCUGGCAACAUCAUGCUGAUCUCCUUUAUUACCGACACUGAUGUCCAUAGACCUGGCUUUAAAGCUGAAUAUAGAACUAUUGCUAUUUCUGAUGUUCGAAAAUGUGGCGGUGAGCUCUCCGACCGUAAAGGAACCUUCACCUCCCCGCUUCAUCCCGGCUUCUAUCCGCCUGCCACGGACUGCCGGUGGACCAUCAAGGUCCCUCAAAGGCAAAAGGUGCGUGUAAACUUCAACAUGUUCCGUAUGAAGGAGCCAGGGGUGGACGUCCGCGAGUGUCACAAAGACUAUGUGGAAAUAAUGGGAACCAGGUAUUGCGGAGAACUGUCUUCUUUGGCUGUGACUAGUGAAACCAAUGUGAUGGAGGUGAUAUUUCACUCUGAUGAGUCCUUCACUGACAAAGGUUUCAGUGCAGAGUACAGCGCCUACGAUCCUUCUGACCCUUGCCCUGGCAUGUUCGCCUGCAGGUCUGGCUUUUGCAUUGGAAAACAUCUUAAUUGUGACGGCUGGAACGACUGUGGCGACAUGAGCGAUGAGCAGCAGUGCAAGUGCGGGCAAGACCAGUUUACCUGCGGCAAUGGCAUGUGCAAACCUAAAAUGUGGACGUGUGAUAGUGUCAACGACUGCGGAGAUUGGAGCGACGAGAAACAAUGCAGUUGUGAUGAGAAUGAGUGGCGCUGUGGAGACGGCAUUUGUCUGCCCCAGGAUGUGAGGUGUAACGGGAAGAUGGACUGUGAAGAUGGAAGCGAUGAGGCCUCGUGUAAAACCUCUCCUGACAUUUGUUCCGUCUUCAGCUUCAAGUGUACCAACAAUGAAUGUGUCAACAAAGUGAAUGCCGAAUGUGACCGCGUCAAGGACUGCUCCGAUAACUCGGACGAGGCUUUCUGUGAUUGUGGCACCAGGCCUUACAAGCUGAACCGCAUCGUCGGUGGGCAGAACGCUGAGCUUGGGGAGUGGCCCUGGCAAGUCAGCCUUCACUUCAAGAACUAUGGACAUGCUUGCGGUGCCUCAAUCAUCUCUCAGAAGUGGCUCCUCUCGGCCUCCCACUGUUUUGUCACCAGCUCUCCAGAGAAUCUUAUUCCAUUCAACUGGCAAACCUACAGUGGCAUGCAGGACCAAUAUAAGCAAGAAGACGUGCAGUUCCGCAAAGUGAAGAGGAUUGUAACCCACCCAGAUUACAACAUGAUGACGUUCGACUAUGACAUUGCUCUGCUGGAGCUUGCCGAGCCCCUGGCUCUCACCAACACCAUCCAACCCAUCUGCCUACCCUCUUCCUCCCACGUUUUCCCUGCAGGCAUGAGCUGCUGGGUCACUGGCUGGGGCGCGCUCCGAGAAGGAGGUCAAAAGUCUCAGAUCCUGCAGAAGGCGUCAGUGAAGAUCAUCAACGACACGGUGUGUAACGUGGUCACUGAAGGCCAAGUCACCUCCAGGAUGCUCUGCAGCGGAUUCUUGGCUGGGGGAGUCGAUGCGUGCCAGGGAGACUCUGGCGGCCCCCUGGCAUGUUUCGAGGAGAGCGGGAGGUGGUUCCAGGCCGGCAUAGUGAGCUGGGGCGAGGGCUGCGCUCGCCGGAACAAGCCCGGUGUCUACUCGCGCGUCACCAAGUUGAGAAAGUGGAUCAAAGACGAAACAGGAAUAUGACACCAUGAAAGGAACAGGGAGGGAUGCAGAUCGGAGGAAUAUCAAAGUGUUUAUAAAUAAUGGAGAUGGAGCAUUUUAGUCUGAUUCUGGACAAGUUUAAAGAUUGUCUUUAGCAGCAGCUGACAACACUGUUGCGUGAGGCCCAGCUUCUCUUACUAAUGACUUUUUUAAGCACUUUUUAUGGUUGCCAACCGUGUUCUGUUUAACCUUUUUAAAACGAAUUAAGAUUAUGAAUAUUUUACUCGACUUUUAACGUGCGUGUCUGGGUACAGUGUCAUUGACUUAAAAUUGGAAAAUAUUUUUGGCCUUGUUUUGUUUUUCUUUUAAACUGGUUUGAUGGUUUGAUUUCACUGCCGUGCUGCAGGAGCCGCACCACACCGGCAGCGGUCUCAGGCUGUAACUGCCUUCAACUUUAGUGUUUUUGACAAAAACAUACACUUGACAAAAACUCAACUGAAAGAACAAAGAGAGGGCAUUUUUAAAGCUGAAAUGCAUGAAAAUCAGAAGCUGCUUAGAAGGCAGAAAAGUGCAUUAAUCAAUCUAAAAGCCCACUGUUCGAUUGGGAAAGUGGCCAGUAGUAAAUAAAACCAGAUUUGUAAUUGGUGAGCUGAACAGACAGAAAUACCACGCGGUCCCUCAAGACUCCUGGAGCGAGAGCAGGCUUGUCAGAUCAGUGCUUUGGUUUUAAAUUUACAUGUUGCCUGAUCUGUUAGGGAUUUGACAGAAUAUUAGAUUGAAGCGGCUGGACGGAGGUUGUGGGUUUGAUCCAGCUCACUUUUGCACAAGCGUCGAGUUAAGCUCAGGGUGUUGGGUGCCUUCAGUCAGACACCUGACGGUCAGUCAGUAGCCUUCCCCAUCCUUGUUAGUUCCUUCUUGUUUGUCAAAAAUAAAUGAAUAAACUUAGUAGAUUUGACUAGAUUAUUUCUUUUAGGGUUUGUGUUUGACUUAUACUGGAGCUAUUUUAUCCAGGCGUGCCAAAGCUUUACUAAAAUAUUAUUUAUUGAAGGGUAUAAAAUUAUUGUUGAGACUAUAUCUUACUUUUUUUUUAUUGCUUCUGGAGCGACCGUUAAACUGCAAGUGUAAAUCAUUUGUUUCUUUUACAGAAACCAUUAGAGAAGCCAGACCUUUUCAGAUUGAUAGUGAUUUAAAUCUCAGGCUUUUGUUCUUUGUGUGUUUUUUGUUGUUUUUGUUGUUGUUGGUUUUUUUUCAUCUGUUUUUAUAUGAAGUCAUGAUAAUAAACAUCUUUCAUCUGAGA